GGAAGGUCCGCUCUUUGUUCUCACGCUCAACUUAUCUUUCCACUGAGAAUCACCAACACAGGUAUUGGCACAUUGAGCUUUGCUGCCAUGGAGGGUAACCACAGUGGCUUUGCUGGAAGCACACAGCCAUCUGUGUCCGGAGAACAGACAGAUGGACACGUUUAUGAGGUUGCGGUGCAGAACAGCUCCACCAACCGCAGCUCCCAGUUUGCCGAUGUGGCUCUGCUGCAGAUGUUCAAGCCUCUUAUCAUCCCCUGUUAUGUGCUCGUUGUGGUAGUGGGCGUCUUUGGGAAUUACCUGCUCAUCUAUGUCAUCUGCCGAACCCGCAAGAUGUACAAUGUCACCAACUUCUUUAUUGGAAACCUGGCCUUCUCCGACAUGCUCAUGUGUGUGACCUGCGUCCCUUUCACUCUCGCCUACGCCUUCAACCCACACGGUUGGGUUUUUGGCCGCCCAAUGUGCUACCUGGUGUUCCUCAUCCAACCAGUCACAGUCUAUGUUUCAGUGUUCACGCUCACUGCUAUUGCUGUGGAUAGAUAUUAUGCAACAGUUCACCCCCUGAAGAAGCGUACCUCUGUGUCUACCUGUGCCUCUGUCCUCACCGGCAUCUGGCUGCUGUCCUUCGGGCUUGUGGCUCCAGCAGUCAGCCACACCUACCACGUUGAGUUCAAGGAAGAAGGCUUCACCAUUUGUGAGGAAUUCUGGUUGGGUAAAGAGACAGAAAGACGUGCUUAUGCAUACAGUACCCUGCUGGUCACGUAUGUCCUGCCGUUGUCAGCUGUCUUUGUCUCUUAUCUCUGUAUCACUGUCAAACUAAAGAAGUGUGUUGCACCAGGCCACAAGACACAAGGCCAGGCGGGGGCUCAACAAGCUCGCAAGAGAAAGAUCUUUCGCCUGGUUGCACUUUUGGUGUCUGCGUUUGCAGUGUGUUGGCUUCCUAUUCAUGUAUUCAAUGUGCUGCGAGACAUUGACAUUCACCUCAUUAACAAGCGCUACUUUUUACUCAUCCAACUGCUGUGUCACCUGUGUGCCAUGAGCUCAUCUUGUUGUAACCCCUUCCUCUAUGCUUGGCUACACGACCGCUUCCGCACCGAGUUACGGAAGAUGUUCAAGUGCCGUCGUCGCAUUGGAGGGCCUGCUAAUCACUGUGCUGCCGGUGUGGCCUUGUAAAUGUGAAGAGAAUCCUUUGUUACAUUACAUUACAUGUCAUUUAGCUGAUGCUUUUAUCCAAAGCGACUUCCAAUUAAGUGCUUUCAACCCUGAAGGUGCAAACUCCAGACAACAAGUAGUAAGUGCAAAACUACAGAGAGCCAUAUGAAAGUGCAGUUUUUUUUUUAUGUUUAUCUUAGGUGUAGUGGGAAGAGAUGCGUUUUUAGCCUUCGGUGGAAGAUGUGUAGGCUUUCGGCCAUCCUGAUGUCAAUAGGGAGCUCAUUUCACCAUUUAGUAGCCAGGAAAGCAAACAGUCUGGAUUUCGUUGAGUGAUUACUUGUCCCUCACUGUGAGGGAGCAGCAAGCAGGUUGGCUGAUGCAGA